GACGCGGCCGCGGCUUCCGCUCUUCCCACGCACGGCGCUUCCAGUCGCUGUAGAAGCCGACUGCUGCUCGGAACGGGUGGUGAAGCUGUCUAGCUAGUCACACCGCUACCAAGCGAAAUGGGAGUCGAGAUCGAGACAAUAACCCCGGGUGACGGGAGGACUUUCCCCAAGAAAGGACAGACCUGCGUGGUGCAUUAUGUGGGGUCCCUGACAGAUGGAAGAAAGUUUGACUCUUCACGUGACAGAGACAAGCCCUUCAAGUUUAAGAUAGGCAAACAGGAAGUGAUCCGUGGCUGGGAGGAAGGUGUUGGGCAGAUGAGUGUUGGCCAAAGGGCCAGGCUGACCUGCACUCCUGACUUUGCCUACGGCAGCAAAGGCCACCCAGGGAUCAUUCCCCCCAAUGCCACCCUGGUCUUUGAUGUGGAGCUACUGAGCCUUGAGUGAAACCCUGACCCUUCUACACCCAUCCUGUCUCUCUUCACUUUUGGGUUGACUCCUAUCUUGAAUAUGCGGAUAAAGUUAGGAGUGUUAUGCACUUGUUUCUAUAAAGGUCUUCAAUCUAUUUCCUUCUGUUUUGGUCAUCUUAUCCAUAUAGAAUAAUCUGCAUUGUUUCUUUCUCCUACAAAUAAGAAAUCUAUGGGCCAUAACCUUACAAACCUCAAAAGUUCUUAAUCUUGAAUUGUGCUUUUGUUUUGCUUUUUGUGUAAAAUUUGUGCAUGAUCAAGCACGCCAUUGACACAUUUUACAGCAGUGGCAUGUUAAGAUGUGUAUAGAUUUGCUUGUUUGCCCUAAAUGCAUUCAAAGACACAGCUGGGGGGAGCAAUCUUAAACAAAAUUAAAAAAGAAAAGCACAGAUAUGGUCUUGAGUGUUUCACCAUGUCCAAGUUCUGAGAAGAUUGACCUGUUUGGCUUGAAAGGUGUCAGACUAAUAUAGGGCUGGGCAGAGAAUGUGAGAUCAACAAGAUGUAGUAAUACAAUCAUUACCAACUGCCUUACCUGUACAGGGCAACUCCGAGCCUUUUAGAUUUGCUUCUCGUGUAAAGAUCCACUUUUAGUACCACCUCACCGAACAUGACUGCCCUCUGCAGGCAGCUGCAAGCGAGUGUCGCACCAUCUGAAUGUGGUGCUGGGAACCCUAGUGCCUGACUGGAGGAAUGCAUUACCGUAACUGCAAAGCCAUUUUAUUGGGGGGGGGAUCCACGGCGGGGUCGUCCCUGUGUAGAGAUGCAUAUACAUAAUCAUAAAUACAUUUAAACAAAUGGGGUUGGGUUUGGUCUGUGGACUGGUGCUUAUGGGAGGAAGGAAUGCAUCCCAAAUAAAAUCUUAGCCACUACCUUAUCUCCACCAUCUUAGUCCUGCAGUUGCCAUGAGAAAUUGUUUUCUGAUGCCAACUUUAAAUAAAUACCAAAUUAAGUUGUA